GCCAUCUGUCCACUCGCUUGAUAACUGAAAACAAAGGAAGUAAACAUUGAACACAGACAACAAACUAAAAGGUUAUUCCAUUAGAAGCUGGCUGAUAUAAAGGAGAGGAGUGAAAGGUUUGCACCUAAGGUUUGGAAUGGCAACAAGGAGUUCGUCAUUCAGUGGUUAAUAGUAUUUAAAUAAAGGUUGUGAAAACCAAGGGCAUGUCUGAGAAGGAAGAAAUGGCCUCAGAUGGGAGCCUGAAUGUUACACUAACACUGAGGCUGUUGAUGCAUGGAAAGGAAGUUGGCAGUAUAAUUGGAAAGAAAGGGGAAACCGUGAAGAAAAUGAGAGAGGAGAGUCGCGCUCGCAUCAACAUAUCAGAGGGAUCGUCUCCCGAGAGGAUAGUAACCAUCACAGGACCCACAGAGGGAAUUUUCAGAGCUUUCUCCAUGAUUGCACACAAGUUUGAAGAGGAUAUAACAGCGGCGAUGGCGAACAGCAACGUGACGAGCAAUCCGCCUGUGACUCUCCGCUUGGUUUUCCCAGGGAGCCAAUGUGGCUCGCUGAUUGGAAAAGGAGGAUCUAAGAUCAAAGAGAUCCGGGAGACCACAGGCGCCCAGGUUCAGGUGGCAGGAGACAUGCUGCCGGAUUCGACCGAGAGGGCUGUCACAAUCUCUGGCACUCCACAGGCCAUCACUCAGUGUGUAAGACACAUCUGCUCCAUCAUGUUGGAAUCUCCUCCAAAAGGAGCAACUAUUCCCUACCGUCCAAAGGGCAUACCUGCAGGAGCCCAUGCAGUGUUAGCACAACAGCACUCUGCCCAAGCAUUUGCACUUCCGGGGCAAUAUGCUUUUGCUCAUCAAGAUUUGACCAAGCUUCACCAGUUGGCUAUGCAGCAUAUUCCCCUCCCUUCCCUUGGGCAGAGCAACCCUACCUUCCCUGGAUUGGACACGUCUGCCCCCACAAGUUCACAAGAGCUGGCAAUACCUAAUGAUUUUAUUGGCUGCAUAAUCGGAAGACAAGGCAGCAAGAUCAAUGAAAUUCGCCAAGUCUCGGGAGCUCACAUCAAAAUUGCCAGUGCCACUGAUGGCUCAGCUGUGCGCCAAGUCACGAUCACAGGCUCACCGGCGAGCAUUAGCGUGGCCCAAUACCUCAUCAGCGCCAGCUUAGAGAUGGCUAAAUACACCAUGCAGGCUGUUUCCGCUGCGGCCCCAGUUGACCUCAACAUGAGCUACGCUCAGUCUGCUUCCACCGCCUCCAAUGCUGCUACCUCUUUAGCCGUUCUGGCGGCCACCACCCCAGCUCCCACCAACAUUAACGUCCACUCUCCCUCAACCUUGCAGGCCAUCCAAAAUUCCCACUACGCCGUCCCUGUUUCCAGCCUGCUUGGCAUGAAAACACUUCCCGUACUGGCUGUCCACCCAGCCGCUGCUACCAGCCUAACUCAGGGUUUAGCCCCAUACACAGCAAAAAUAUCAUCGUCUGGCGUCAAAAAAUCAGAGCGACAGAAGUUUGCUCCUUAUUGA